AGAAGAAGAAGAAGAAGCAUAACAAGAAUAACAAGAAGAAGCGGUUUAGGUGCAAAAAUGAGCGAAGUGGAAAAACUGAAGUCGUUUGUGGCUGCACGGCUGAAUGAAGCUGCAUCUGAAAUCAUGGCUGCUUUCGCCAGAACAUUAUUGGAUUACGAAAAGGAAGUUGCUCGGUUAAAAGAGGAAAACAUGCGCCACUCUUCUUUGGUGGAGAUUAUUCUAAAAAAGAAGCUGCCCGAGAAAACAGCUUCUUGUGUCAGUGAGAGUGCCAUUGUUGAGGUCUCUGCCAACCCUGGCUCUAACCCAACUGCCAAAACUUCUGAUGCUGGCCGAUCUGCACUGGACUCAGAAAUGUAUCAGAAAGUCAAGAAAAUAACAUGCAAACCGAAAACUGGGAAAAUUACAGCCUUCAUCUCAAAAGAACAGUUUCUGAAGUUUUCAGCUGGGAAGAAGUGCCUGUUCUGUGUCAAGGAAGUGGCCGCCACAGAGCACCAUCUUCUCAAAAGACAUUAUAAUAUAGCUGUUCAUUUUAUUCGCGAUGGCAUCGCAAGAUUUGUGAUCCCGUGUUUGUGUUCAGCAAAAAUCCAGGAAAGAAGUCACUGGCACUGCCCAUGCUGCCAGGAAAUAAUUACUCGACGAUGCCAUUUUGGGAUGCACAUAUGGAGAAAACAUGGUUAUCCUGUGCUGAGGCCAAACCCAGAGACAGGGAACCAUCGGCCAUCCUCCAAUGAAGCAAACUCUUCAGGUCAUGAAGGCUUGCAUCGGGAAGAGUUCAAUAGUCAGAAACCUCAGCAGCGAAGGGCUUCACUGCUUCUUCAAAAGAAAGAAAGAGCAGAAAAAGGGAAAAUUACAGCCUUCAUCUCAAAAGAACAGUUUCUGAAGUUUUCAGCUGGGAAGAAUUGUCUGUUCUGUUUCAAGGAAGUGGCCGCCACAGAGCACCAUCUGCUCAAAAGACAUUAUAAUUUAGCUCUUCAUUUUCUUCGCGAUGGCAUCGAAAGAUUUGUGAUCCCGUGUAUGUGUUCAGAAAAAAUCCAGAAAAGAAGUCACUGGCAUUGCCCUUGCUGCCAUGAUAUACUUACUCGACGAUGUCCGUUUCAGGACCACAUAUGGAAAAAACAUGGUUAUUCUGUGCUGAAGCCAAACCGAGUGACGGGUUAGUAUGUUUGAAUCUGAUCUCCGUACAGGAUUACAGCAGUAAUGAUUAUUUGUAAAAAAGAAAUAAACCAUAUUUAUUAUUGCACAGCUUUACAGUUAUCAUCUCGGCUGAAGAAUAUAUUUUUCCCUUACCAUCCUUUACAAUCCAAAUACUACAGCUGAUGAGUUGUAGUUUCCUUAGACAUUAAAAUAACAUUACUGGCUGCUGUCGUGAACAACACUACAAUGCUUUCUGCUCUAGGAAAAAGUCGGCCAUCCUCCAAUGAAGCAAAUCCUUCAGUUCUUGAAGACUUUCUUCGGAAAGAGUUCAGUAGUCAGAAAGAAAGAAAAGAGGGAGCAGAAAAAGACAAAGUUCUAAACAUGGUGGAUGUCAGGCACAUCGGCAGCAGUCAACCAGAGCAUCACAAUCUUUAUCAAAGUCAAGCCCAAGAAGAAGACAUGCACAUCUGUUUGGAGGACUCUUCCAUUGAUAAGAAUGCUGGAACCCCUCAGCUUAUGGAGACUCAUCAGAAUGGUGGUGUUGGUAAAGGGCUGGAUUCAGCAGGCAAAGGGCAGCUAUCAAAUGUAACUGGUGUUGUCACAGAAGGCAAAGGUUUCAGCAAUACUGGGGAAUCGAAGAAAAGCAAAGGAGCAUCCUCGAGCUCAGAUGAUCGUAGCCCACCGAGCAAAAAGCAUGCAAAAUCAGCAGGCCUGAAUUGAAAAACAUGCAGGGGACAAAAUUUGUAUUUGUGGGGUUUGUGGAAAAAGUCUGGUGCAAAACAAAAGAUCUACAAGAACACCUGCAGAUCCACAAGGAAAAGAACUCAUGUGGCAAGCAGUUUUCCAGUAAAUACCGUUUGGAGCAGCAUAAGAGCUUUCAUCGACUAAAGACCCUAAACAAAAAGUCAACAGCAUCAUCUCACAUAUGGCUGAAAUUCUUUAGGAAUAAAGUAUUUUAGCAUCUGUUCUCUCAAAGUUAUCUACAUAUGAAUAAUAGUAUCAGUCAAUGCAAAUACACAUUUCUUUAAAAAAGUUCAUCUUUUUUUGAAAAGUAGAUUCCUAAUAACUACUGUCAUUAAAAUCUAGGACUUUUUUAUAUAUUUGUGGGUGUCACUUGGAUACUGUUCAAUAGAGCCAUUGAUUUCAUUGACAGUUUUAGAUUAAAUUUACAAGGUUGGGCAAGUUUUUUUCUUUUUUUUUUCUUGUUGGCACAGAACAAUAGAAUAACAAACAAAUGGGACAAAAGUACACUGUUUGUAUAUUAGAAACAAAGCCAAGGUUGUAGACUCCUGGUUUAACGUGAACGCUGUGAUCCUAUUUUGCUAUAAAUGCUUAAAGCUAACUGAAAUUGUGAAAUAACUUCCAAAUUGUAAAGGUGAAAUAUUAAAACUUGUCCAAGGGA